GGUGAGUUUCACGCAGUUCAGCACGAAACCUAUUGCUGCGAAAACGCGUUUUCCUCAUAGCUCGAACGUAAGAAGAUCGUCAUUAGUACCGAGUACCUUCAAAAGUGGAAAUAUCGCCAAUCUCCGGAGCUUUUCUGCUAAUGUUGCUAAACUGAUGUGAUAUUCGGGUUAGAAUUCACGAUUGUGACAUUUGAUUGCACUGAACGCGCUAUUGAUGACCGAAAAAGGAACAAAUGUUGAACCUUUUGACACAAAGUGACAGUUCAGUUUCAUGACGGAGAAUUUAAAACCGCGAGUGUGAAAAGUCGGAGAAUGAGCGCAGCCGUAGAUAUCGAUGAGAGGAAAAUCAAACGAUUGUAAGCGCUUUGGAGAGUGGGAGAAAAACUACGCUGAGCGAAUCGUUAGCGCGUCCUAACUAGGCAGAUCGAAAUGGGUGGAAAAUGAUGAUCAAGGUGGAAAGAGCGACAUAUGGAAAUUGGGCCUUAUGAAAAAGUCUCAGUCUUGUUUGCAUUUAUAAUUAGUGGUGGUGAGAAAGCACGCAGAGUCCAGAGGCAGAUCAGGCGGAAUAAACAAAUUAGUGGGAAAAGUGAAGGCCGCAAGUUUGAAGAUGAAUCGUCAGCGGUCGUCGGUACGGAGUAAAGGCUCUUCUUCGACCACCACCAGUGAUCCGCGCGAGAAGGUGAAAGAUUGCUGCCGCAAGUUUAUUGCGUUUAUGUGCACUCAGGUCGGCGUCGGAGGAUUAAUUGUUGUAUACGCUCUGGUCGGAGCGGCUAGUUUUAUGUCUAUUGAGACUCAGGAACCAAAUCCAUUGAUAGAACAUGUCGCUAAUUUGCGGCGAAAUUGCGCUGCCGAACUGUGGGAUGUAACCGAACAAUUGAAUCUGUUCAAUAGUUCCAUUUGGCAUAUAGAAGCGGAUGUGGUGCUGAAAUACUAUCAGGGUAAUUUUACUGAAGCCGUACGCCGCGGCUACGAUGGACGAACACCGGAAGAGACGUGGAACUUCCCAGCCGCGUUAAUGUUUUGUUUGGCUGUGUUUACAAUGAUCGGCUAUGGAAAUAUGGUACCACGAACGGCUUGGGGUAAAGGAGCAACCGUAAUUUAUGCCACCUUUGGUAUACCGUUGUACAUUUUGUACUUCAUGAAUAUGGGAAAAGUCCUCGCUUCGACCUUUAAGUGGCUCUACACGUGGUUGCACGAAUGUAGCCACGAUCAGGAUGAUGAUCUCGGAGUCGAGGAUGGUAGCGGGUUGGCGCAACGGAAGCGGAUCAUAGUCCCAACGACGGCCUGUCUUUGGGUGAUUUCGAUCUAUAUUGCCACCGGUACAAUCAUGUUUGCGGAAUGGGAAAAGUGGUCCUACCUGGACUCAGCGUACUUCUGCGUAACCAGUUUGUGCAAAAUAGGGAUCGGUGAUCUUGUGCCCGGAGCGAAUAUUCUCGACUCGCAGAGCGGAAAACCUACCAAGCUAGUAAUCAAUUUUGUUUACAUGCUGCUCGGCAUGGGUUUAGUCGCCAUGUGCUACAUACUAAUGCGUGAGGAGGUGCGGAUAAAGAUGCAGGAAAUAAAGGAAGACACCCGGCUUUGUUUAGAAGACAUGAGCUCCAAGUUCGCGAAGUGCUUCGGCAGUAAUAAAGAUUCCCAGUACUACGAUUGAAAUUCCAACAAUAGCAGAAACGUAACUACUAUAAAACUAAUAAUUUUAUGUGAAAUUUUUUUUUCUAUCCGAUACUUAGUGGAAUUGUUGUCUUAAAUUAAGUGAGGAGAGUAAUAAAGUUCGAU